CGUACACCACUGUCCACUUCAACUUGCCUUCUCCUGCCACUACUAUAUCUUCGUAGUCAAAGAGGUGUCGUCCAUGGGGACGGCUUCAACAAGCUCAGACACCAUGGAGGCGGCAAGGCUCCCCGGUCUCUCCAUCACCGUCGAGAAGAACCCGCCGGAGGCGCGCUUGCUUCAACUCGGCGUCAAGUCCUGGCCCAAAUGGGGAUGUCCGCCGGGGAGGUUCCCGCUCAAGUUCGACGCGGCGCUGACGUGCUACCUAGUGAAGGGCAGGGUGAGGGCCGCCGUGAAGGGCUCCCGCGAGUGCGUGGAGUUCGGCGCCGGCGACCUCGUCGUCUUCCCCAAGGGCCUCAGCUGCACCUGGGACGUCGUCGUCGGCGUCGACAAGCACUACAACUUCGACCCCUCCUAAAACCAUAUAUCAGCUAGCCCCACUCCUCGAUCGGGUGGACCACACGAGCGCACCUUCUUU